AAGACUCGUCCAGCAAUCAACUUCCAUUCAAAUUCUCUUAAGAGUUCCUCUUUACAUACUCUUCUCCUGCCCAAAAUGUCUUCAUGCGGUGGAAACUGUGGCUGCGGAUCCAGCUGCAAGUGCGGCAAUGGCUGCGGCAGCAGCAGCAUGUAUCCUGACAUCACCGAGAAAACCACCACUGAGACCAUCAUCGCUGGAGUUGCACCAGUGAAGAUGGUUUAUGAGGAAACAGAGAUGGGUUCCGUGGCUGAGAACGGAUGCAAAUGCGGGUCAAACUGCAGCUGCGAUCCCUGCAACUGCAAAUGAAGAAGAUGGGCAUGAACAUGCCAAGAACAAAGCAGCAGUGUCAUGUUAUAAUUUAAGAUAUAAUUUCUAAAACUAUUGUUGUUUAAGAGUCUGUAUUGUCUACGACACAGCUUGCUAUAAAUAAGAGACGGCUAGUUCUGGUCAUGAAUUGAAUUGCUGCUUUGUAUUUGAAUGAAUCUCUAAUCUAAUA